AUAGAGUGCAAAUGCUCGUCGUCCAUUUCCGCUCAUUCUACGGCAGACAUUUGUAUAUUUCUGAUUGAUUUUAAAUGCAAUUACUAUAUAUUUUAUAGAACUGCGCGAGUCGAAGCAGCCACAGCUUAAAAGAAGCGUUGAAACAUCUCUAUGAUCUUAUCUCGGGGUUCACAGGAAUGGACGGUCGUGCUAUGUUGAAAAAAACCAGAGAACUUGAAAACGAAGCGCUUAAUAUAACAAGAAGUUAUCUGAACGUUAGUCAGUCGGAAACCGUCGAUCAUCCGAGCGCUCUUCUCGUGUUAUCUGUUCCGUCCGCUGGUUUUACGUUUCCUUCAAUGAAACUAAAAGAAGAGAAAAAGAUGAAUGAAAGUAUCAGCUUUGCUGAUGAUAUAAUAAAUACAAAUAGCGGAGAGAAAAGAUGUGUUGUUACUAUUUCGUAUCCGAACCUUCGCAAAAACCUCUCCAAGAAUAUCACCAUAUUUCGACAAGAUCCCAACACGCACCUGACACUGACGAGUAACAUUAUUGCAGCAGCGGUUUAUCCACCAUUAAAGAGUAAUCCAACUAAUCCAAUCAAGAUCGCCUUUGAUCAUGAGAUGGUAACUAAUAGCACGCCAGUCUGCUCAUUUUGGAAUCACUCAAUCAGGACCGGAAAUGAAAUAUAUGGCCAAUGGUCCUCUGAGGGAUGCAAAUUUGACGAAAACGAAUCAAAACCAGGACAUACCGUUUGUUGGUGUAACCAUUUAACAAACUUUGCCUUGUUAUUACAACGUAAGACAGAUGUGAGUCGCUGAUUAGAAUUACGCUAAUUAUUUUUAAAUACUGUAGCACAUGGUUGAUUGCUAACUUUUAAAUUUCAACACCAACUAAGGUGUACCGUUGAUGAAUGUAGCUACAAUGUUAUUAAUUCUGAUGGAAACAUACUUGUACUUUAGAAUUCUCAUCACUAGUUUUGAUCUAAAUCUAUAUUGAAUGAAAAUAUGACUUUUUCACUAAAA